AUGUCGGACGAAACAACCACGAGUCACCAUGCUGUGGCCGUGGAAGACCAGAAGGAACCCAAGUGCGUUCAUCGGGAGAGCGUCCCUAGAAUCGUCACCAUAGAGAACAUCCGUGUUCUUGGGUUGGAUCCAGCCGAUGAGGAUUUCUACAUGAACUUUUCCGCAGAGCGCAGGAAACGAAUCACACGAAAGAUUGAUAUUCGCUUGAUCCCCAUGCUGGCUUUGCUGUACCUUCUAUCUCACAUCGACCGAGCGAAUAUCGGCAAUGCGAAGAUCGAAGGGCUGUUGGAAGAUCUCAGGCUGGAUGGAAUUCAGUGGAAUGUGGCACUCAGUGUCUUCUUCAUCCCAUACAUCUUACUGGGUAUGUCUGAUGUUCCUUGCCUGUCGAGCCAAGGACUAAUCAACUCAGAGAUCCCAAGCAAUAUGUUGCUCAAGCGCCUCCAGCGACCCAGUGUCUAUCUAGGGAUCCUGAUUGUCACCUGGGGUAUUGUGAUGACGUUAACUGGUGUCGUGCGGAACUUCGCCGGCUUAAUGGUUACCCGAAUCCUUCUUGGAGUCUUUGAAUCCGGAUUUUUCCCUGGUGCAGUUUACUUAUGCUCCUUUUGGUACAUGCCACAACAACUCUCCACCCGAUUAGCCUGUUUUUAUUGUGCAAGUGCACUUUCAGGUGCCUUCUCAGGCUUACUGGCUGCUGGGAUUGUGAAAAUGGACGGUGUGGGCGGAUAUGAGGGCUGGCGGUGGAUCUUCGUGCUCGAAGGACUUGCAACCGUUGUGGUAGGCGUUGCCUCAUUCUUCCUCCUUAUUGAUACGCCAGCAUUGUCGUUGAGAUGGCUGGACGCGGAUGAGAUCAGAUACCUUGAACUGCAGCUGUUUAUCAAGGACGGUGGUGCGUUUGAAGAGACGGACCAAGAGAUUGUCAAUAAAAAGCAUCGACUGAAGGACCUGUUUGCCGUUCUCACGAAUUGGAAGAUGUAUUGCUUUGGGUACAUUCUCCUAUGUCAGACGGCUUGCUCAUACGGCACGAAAUUUACACUUCCCACGAUAACCAAGGCUAUGGGGUUCAGCAAUACCAACGCACAAUUUAUGACGGUGCCUCCUUACGUCGUCGGCGCCAUCUCCGCCGUGUGCUUUUCCCUUCUUUCCGACCGCUUUCACUGGCGCAUGCCGUUUGUCGUGGCCCCCCUUGCUAUGGUCACAACCGGAUAUAGUAUCAUUCUGUCUCUCGAUGGAAAGCUUGGUGAAAAUACCGGCGUGGCCCUCUUCUCGAUCAUCUUCGUCUGCAUGGGACUCUACCCCACCCACCCAGCGACAUCGGCGUGGUCGUCGAGCAAUCUGCCAACGUCAAGCCAACGGUCAAUCGGACUGGCUUUCAACAUAUGCGUCGGAAAUAUUGGAGGCAUCGUUGGUAGCUUUAUGUAUAUUGAUGAGGAGGGUCCGGCGUAUCAUACAGGAUUUGGCUUGUCUGUCGCUCUGGCCGGUACAAGCUUAAUCGUGGCUUUGGUGUUGGAUUUGCAUUAUUAUCUACAGAACAAGAAGAGAGCAAGUAUGUCGGAAGAUGAUAUCAAGGAGCGGUAUUCGGGUUCCGAGCUGAUGGCUAUGGGUGACAAAUCACCGCUGUUUAUAUAUACGCUUUGA